UAGAAAGGUGCAGAGAAGAAAACCGUGGUAUCGGCAAACUGAAUGCUUUAAUGCAUGCUGAGCGUUUGGUCGGAACGCAUCCGACAAAAGAGAAACGAUUUUUUGUUUUUAUAUCAAUCAAAUUGGCAACAAUAAAAAGAUAAAAUUUCAAAAGAAAAGAUUGUGAUACGACUAAUUUCACAAAAAAUUCAAGAAAGAAGAUGACUCGAUUUACGGAUCUACGUAUGAUUUUCUUCUUACUUCUAAUCAUUCAAUUGGAGAAAUUCUUUCUUCGAAAACAAGGAAUUUUGUUCAGUGAAGCCAGAAUGGAAGAGCAAUUUGAAAAAUGCUGUGGACUUGGUACUUCAUGGGCUUUGGAAGGGCUCAGGUGUGAAAAAUUCACAGGUCCAGUAUCUGGAGUGCCGACAGUCGAACAAGGACUUUGCUUAGAGGCUGUGGACAUCUGUUGCGUGAGAGCGUAUCACGAACAACAAUGCAAGAAAGGGAAAUUGGACGCACAUGUUGGUUUAGCGUGUGUUUCCGGCAGUAAAAGUAAACGUUUGGGACCGGGUGAUUAUCAUCGUGACUGUUGCGAAGCGUGUAAAUUAGGGAUUUUAACUGGAUCUAUGGGACAAGGAUGUGCUUUUAAAAAAUUUACCUUUGGCAAUCCAUGGGAUCCUGCAUUUUUGGAAUGUUGUUAUGAAGCAUCACCAAGUACGACAACAAUUUUUACUACAAAUCUUACAAAUGCAACAUCUUCCAGCGAGAUUACUAAUAGUGAAUCAACUUCAAUAUCAUCAUAUUCUUCUUCUUCUUCAUUGUCUACUCAAACUACAUUAGCCUCAUCAACAUCUUUUUCUCCAUCGAUACCUACACCUCCCUUAGAUGACAUCUGCCAACUUAUGAAGGGAUUAUUAUGUUCUGACAUUUGUGUUCCUACACCAGGAUCUUAUUAUUGUAAAUGUCGCGAAGGUUUUACUCUAUUAGAAGAUGGAAAGACUUGUAGACAAGAUCUACCAACUGAUAGAUGUAAAUCUAGUAAUCCAUGUGAACAACGUUGUACGGAUAAUGGAGUUGCAGUUACAUGCAGUUGUAAUCCUGGUUACAUAUUAGCGGAUGAUAAACAUUCUUGUUUAUUGAAACCAUCGGAAAUUAAAACUACUACUAUUCUGGAGGACAACGACUUUUCACUUCUUUGUCCAGCUGGUUAUCGUUACAAUGCUACUAAUCAAGUUUGCGAUGACGUGAACGAGUGUAUAGAAAGAAGAAUAUGUCCUGAUUAUUGUGAGAACACUAUAGGAUCUUAUAUAUGCACAUCAAAAAAUCUCAAAAUUGAUCCUUAUGAAGAUUGUCCUCCUGGAUACCAAUGGGAAUCUAUCACUGGCCUUUGCUCAGAUAUUGAUGAGUGUUUAAUAUUAUCUAAACCAUGUCCUGGAAUCAAAAAUGUUUGCGUUAACACACAAGGUAGUUUUAGUUGUUUAGAGAUAAAAGGAAUAAAAUCAUGUCCUGCUGGAUUUAAAUUCAAUAACUUUUCGCAGCAAUGUGAAGAUGUCGAUGAAUGCGCAGAAAAAAUUCAUAGUUGUUUAGAAGAUAUGGAAAAAUGUCGUAACACCGAAGGUGCUUAUGAGUGUGAUAUAAAAUGUAACGAAGGGUUUAUUUACAGUGUUAAUUUGGGUAUCUGUAUAGACAUGGAUGAAUGCCUUGGGUCCAAUAAUCCUUGUCUUGAUCCGAAUACCACUUGUAAAAAUAUACUAGGCGGUUACGAAUGCUUAUCUUUAAAUCGUUCUAUUGUUUCAAUUGAUGAACAAACGGAACCAUCAAUUUGUUCUGCGGGAUAUAAACCCAUGAAUGAUUCUAAUAAUGCAUGUAUCGAUGUAGAUGAGUGUAAAGAACAACUGCAUUCGUGUGAAAUAAACGAACAAUGUGUAAAUGACAUAGGUAGUUAUAGAUGUGAACCAUUAAAUCAUGAAAUUACCAAUUUAAAUGGAAAGGAUAAAGACCAUCAUAAUUAUUUAUAUGAACGUAAUGGACAUAAAUCAUAUAUACAACGAUAUAACAUUACUGGAUAUAAGUCACAAAUUUCUAAUUCUCCAGCCCUUAAUCAAACAAUGAUUUGUAAUGAAGGAUUCAUUUUUGAUCAACAUACUUUAAAUUGCAUUGAUAUUGAUGAAUGUAAUAAUAAUUUAGUAAAUUGUAAAAUUGAUGAAAAAUGUAUAAAUUUCAAUGGUGGAUAUAAAUGUUCUCCUAUAUGUCCAUCUGGUUUUCAAUAUAAUGAUACUUAUUACUCAAGCAGAAACGAACCGUUUUGUCGAGAUAUAAAUGAAUGCGCACUUGGAUUACAUUCUUGUAACGUAUCAACUCAUUAUUGUGUCAAUACGAACGGUUCGUAUUCCUGUAAAGAAUUUGCGACAACGAUAAGUUCACCAAGAAUUAGCAAACAAUUAAAUAGUAAAAAAAAUAAUAUAAUGCAGAAUACCAAUCAUUAUUUAUUCUUGGAGCCAUGUAAAAAAGGAUAUAUCAGAGAUGUAAAGAGUAGAGAAUGCGUGGAUAUCGAUGAGUGUGCAUCGAUUAGAGCUUGUCAAGAGCAUGAAAUGUGUCAUAAUAUGCCAGGUGAUUUUGAGUGUACACCACUUUGCACUACUGGUUGGUACUUUAAUACAGUGACAAAAGGUUGCCAAGAUGUCAACGAAUGUCUUUUAGGCAGACACGAUUGUCCAGAAAAUACUCAUAAAUGCGUUAAUACAAAUGGUUCCUUUUUUUGCGAAUUGGUACCGCCUUGUAGCAACGGUUACAAGCGAUCUUUCUUCAAUGAUAGUUGCGUGGAUAUCGAUGAAUGCGAGGAAAACUUGCAUUCUUGUCGAUUAGAAUUGCAUCAAUAUUGUGUUAAUAGAAAUGGCACUUUCGAAUGUUUAACCAGAUUACCUUCUUGUUCAAUCGGUUAUGAAUAUUCUUUAGCUACUAGAAGAUGCGAGGAUAUUGAUGAAUGUGUUACUGAUCAACAUACAUGUGAUUCUAGACUUUUUGAAAAAUGUAUCAACUUACCUGGGACUUACAGAUGUGAAAGACCUGCAUCGAUUAGACAAUAUCAACGUCAAAAACCUGCUUGUCCUUCCGGUUAUAGAUAUCAUCUUCGACUAAAAAAGUGCACAGAUAUCGACGAAUGCGCGGAAGGUUUGGAUUCUUGUGAAGGUGAGGUCUGUUAUAAUCAGCCGGGUGGUUAUAGCUGCGCGAAACUUCCAAAACCAAGAACCAGGAAGCCACUUACGACAGCCUUACCACUACCAACGAAUAAGAAAUGUAUUCCUGGAAUGAAAUUGGUUAACAAUCGCUGCAUCGACAUCGAUGAAUGUCGCGAAAUAGAAGAUGCAUGCAGUAGUAACGAGGAAUGCAUUAACACUGUAGGAAGCUAUAUGUGCGAGUGCAAAAUUGGUUUUCAACGUGAGAAUUUGACUCAAGCCUGCGUGGAUAUUAACGAGUGCCAAACACAGGUAUGAUCUUCCAUGAUCAUGC